AUGCGCAAACACGCGCUGUGGGUUGGAGGAGAUUCAGUGAAGAGUAUUUGGGGCAGGAACGUCUUUGAGGUAAAGCUCAACAAGUCUUUGGUUGACGGCAAGUGGCAUAGCAUCAUGUCCACGUUCGAUGGCGUGAUGCGGAAGCUUUGGGUAGACCACACUCUGCUGGCAACGAAGGGUGCCAAGAACUUACUCAGCAUCAUUCAGACCUCCAACUUUUGUGUUGGAUCGCGAGAUGAUGGCCAGGAGGCAUUCCCUGGAGAUCUGCGCAACCUGCAGAUUUUCACGGAAGCAAAGAUGCCCGGCUCCAUUCAGGCUGAUAUGAAUGUGGGUCUGUUGGGAGCGGCUUCAAUGAGCUCCGUGCUGAAUGUCGGCUCAGAAGGUGCGAUCAAUGACAACUCCCUGGACUCGCGCGCAGUGUCCGUGGAGGAGACAAACCCCUGGGUGCAAGUGGACCUUGGCAGCGCGAUGCCGAUUGGCCGAAUCCAGCUUGAGAACGUGGACGCGGACAAGUGUGCUUCCAGGCUCUUCCUGGGCACAGAGUGCAGUUGGGACUAUGACGUUGGCCUCUCACCUGAUCAUUGA